GCAGCGACUGCAAGUGCCAACUUGUUACUGGGGUUUGUAUCUCGAGCUGUGUCCGACGCCCCGCCCCACACCGUGAGACAACCCCCUUCCGGCUGCAGUAUUAUUGUCGAUUUUGGAUCGCCCGAAUCGGGUAUCGCAACGCCAUAUCGCACCGCGGGCGUCCCCCCGAGUCCCCCCCCUGCAGAACAACACCGCUCCCUCCUAAUCUCCCCCCCAGGCGAGCGCACAAGAUGGCAGACCAGACCACGCUACAGCACGGCGCCGCCGAGCCCGCCCCGACGCUCUCCUCGCCGACCACGAUCGUGCACCUCCAGUACGACAGCAACGCCCCCCCGCCGGUGUCCUCGCCCGCCUGGACGCGCUUCGUCUGCAUCAGCGACACGCACUCGCGCAUGCUGCCCGUCCCCCCGGGCGACGUGCUCCUGCACAGCGGCGACCUCACCGCGACGGGCACCUACGCGGACUUCCAGCGCACGAUGGCGUGGCUCGUCGAUCUGCCGCAUCGCACCAAGAUAAUCAUCGCGGGGAACCACGACCUCCCCCUCGACCACCACGACAGCUGGUAUGAUAACAACUACAGUCGCUGGCACGGCCGGCAGAAGCAGGUGCGCGAUCCUGCCGCCCGGGGGAGCUCAUCUCAUCGCUCGCACGAACAGAGCAUCGGCCUGAUCCAGGACCUCGUGCAGGGUCACAAGGCGACGAAGGCCGGGAUCGUGUACCUGGAAGACCAGACGCACAGCUUCCAGGCCAGAGAGAAUGGACGGAUGUGGACGGUGUACGGUUCCCCUUGGUCCCCCUACUUCCACAACUGGGCAUUCAACUACGAGCGAGGCGAUGAAGCUGAGAAACUGCUCGCCGCCUUCCCGAAGACCGAUAUCCUGCUCACACACGGCCCCCCCUUCCAGAUCUUCGACAGGACCCUCACGCACGAGCACGUCGGCUGCGAGGCGCUCGCCGCGCGCCUGCCCGCGCUGCGCCCGCGGCUGCACGUCUUCGGGCACAUCCACGAGGCACACGGCGCGCUCAUCCGCGAGUGGCCCGCCCGAGACGACGCGUCCGACGCGGAGCGGACGGCGUUCGUGAAUGCCGCGAACUGGCCGAUGGGGCCCCGCGCGCGGAGGCAGGGCGGCGGGUACGUGCAGUUCGGCGAGGCGCCGUUCCAGCCGGUCAUUGUGGACUUGCUGGACGACGCGUGA